CUGGACUUCGAGCAAGGGAUGGCCACUGCUGCAUCUUCCUCCUCCCUGGAGAAGAGCUAUGAGCUGCCUGAUGGCCAGGUCAUCACCAUUGGCAACAAGCACUUCCGAGGUCCCAAAGGGUUCUUUCAGCCUUCCUUCCUGGGUAUGGAAUCCUGUGAUAUCCACGAAACCACCUUCAAUUCCACCAUGAAGUGUGAUGUCGACAUCCAUAAGGACCUCUAUGACAACACAGUGUUGUCUAGUGGGACAACCAUGUACCCUAGCAUUGCAGACAGUAUGCAGAAGGAGAUCACUGCUCUGGCUCUCAGCAUGAUGAAGAUCAAGAUCAUUGUUCCCCCUGAGCAUAAGUACUCCAUGUGGAUUGAUGGCUCCAUCUUGGCCUCACUGUCCAUCUUCCAGCAGAUGUGGAUCAGCAAGCAGGAGUAA